CAAAAUGACAGGAGUCCUAUUAGUGCUAUAUUUAGGGAAAAUUUAGAUUUCGCAGUUUACACCGGCUCUUGAGGUCACAUGUUGAUGGCUGCCUAUGACACGUAUGGUGAUUGAUUUAGGAGAAAUCAUCAUGGCCGUGUGACAUCCUUGUCUGACCUUUGCCGUAACCAUGUUGACCAAUACAGAGUCAGCCGUGGAGCCGGUGCCUGAGAAGGGGAUGUUCGAUUGGGCGUACAAUGGGGUGAACUUUGACCUGGCUGGAAAUGGCGGGGAGGAAUGUCGGAACUUCAUUGUGUUAUCUCAGAGAAUAUUGGAGAGUAUAUUUGCAUGUAUAGUAGCUGGAUUUAUGAUUUAUCCGUCGUUACUACGUCUGACACUUCCAAAAAAAGUGACGCCCAUUGAUAAAACGGACCGAUGUGGGAAACGUAUCUUACUAGUGGUCAUGUGCCUGACUUUUGGGAUUGAACUUGGAUUCAAGCUCGCCACAGGACAAAUGAUAUAUACUCUGAAUCCGUGUCAUAUUGUGACUAUCAUUCAGAUCUAUUGUUUGGCAGCUCCUCCAACGCGGUCGUUAACGGUCAUUUUCCGACUCCAUCUACACCUGUUGACCGGGGCACCAAUAGCUCUCCUGUUCCCGGUCACUAACACAAGACUGUUACCUUUUGAAGUCCAUACCUACUAUAUACAACACUCUUUGAUGUUGGUUAUACCUAUAUAUCUACUUAUGAUAGGAGGUGUCUAUACAGCAGAGCCGAUCCGCGAUCUCAAUUGGUCCUUUAUUGCCACUGGCUUACAGUAUAUAUACCAUUUUAUUCCACUACAGUUUCUAGCCUAUUUUUCACUUGUUAAUCUCAAUAAUAUGAUGUGUCCUGCAUACACGGAUCCAUUUUACGGACAAUGGUAUCACCUCUGGUCGAUGCUCCAUCAGGCUGCAAUGAUUCCACUGUUUGGCAAGCUCUGCGUAUGGAUCGUCGUACGUUUGGGAUUCACACAUCAGCUCAACGUAGAAGAACAGUUAAUAUUCCAGGGAAACCCAGCCAAAGUCAAUGGGUGUAUACCAAAUCCAUGUAAUAAUAUCGAAGAGACCGAUACAUUUUCAAUAGGCCAACAACAAAACAACGUCACGCCCAAACAGACUAUUAGCGGAACAAAUGGCAGAGUGCCCCAUGAAGUACAUGUACGACGGUCUAAUAACGGACAUGUUAAAAGUACCUAAUGACUCUGUUAAUGAAUUGCACUUCAUUGAGUUAUCUGUGAUUAUUUUGUAAGCCGAUAAAAGGUCAUACCUACUUUUUAUUACUGUUUAAAUUUGUAUAUAUGUAAAUGUACUUUUUGGGGAUCUGUACAUUUUAUGUCUUUUUUUUUUUUUUUUUUAAGCAGAACUACUGCUUAUUUAGAACUGUGUGCGUGUGAGAGAGAAAAAGAGAAAAAUACUUAAAAUAUCUGGUGUAUUAUGAUUAAAUUUGGCCAAAGAUACAAAAAUAUAUUCGCUCAAUCAACAGUUCCCUGUUAGCUCAAAAAAGAAAAAUAACAAAGUGUUUAAAAACCUACAAAAACAGUCUAAAAUCACAAAAAUGCUAAACACAAAAAUAGGCUAAAAUAGAAAAACAGGCUAAAACAGAAAAAAAAACAGGCUAAAACACACAAAAAAUGGCUAAAACAAAAAAAAGGUCUGAACACACAAAAAUAGGUAAAAAGCACAAAAAAGGCUAAAAUACAAUAAUGGACAAAGAAACACUGAUGAAAAAACCCACGAAAAUGGUUUAAUUGAAACGAAACAUUCAGAAAGAACCAAAACAGAGGCAUAAACAACUAUGUGAUCCUAUAAAGUCUAGAUUCCUAAGACUUUCUCAGGACACUGCCUUGUUAUGGAUAAUUCAGUCUUGACAAUUUACUAGCUUAUAUAUACAUUAUAUAUACAUAUCAAUAUUGUGGGUUUGUGUUAAAAGUAAACACAGCACCCAUCUAGUCACAAAAUAUGCAUAUAAAUAUAUAAUCUAGAGUUUUCUGAGGGGCUAAUAUCAAACUCAGGAUUACGAUUUGUUCUUUUGCAGUGAAAAGUGUACAUGUGAUACCAUUAAGUUGAAAUAUAUAUAAGUUAUAUAUGUAAUUGAUAUAUCAGUAUCUAUCACAAAUUUUUUCACCACUUUUCUACUAAUCUGUAGACACUUUUUGUAAUUUCAAGUUUUUAAGAUAGUUUUGUAGUAUGAACAUACAUGGACGCCUCAUAUUAAACAAAAAGCAGUCAAGUAUUUAAUCAGACUAAAUUUAUUAUAUUUAUUUUGUUGCCAUUAUCAACAAUGAAAAGAGUGAGUUACCUCCCUUACCAUUCGAAUUGGCAUUACCAGUUCAUACAUUAAUAUUGUCUUUUGACCGUCAUAUUGAGAAAUGUUACAUUUUGGAUGUAUUAUACUUCCUAGUUUAUGAAUGGAACAUAUUAAAUAUCUGUUACACGUAUGUUAAAAUUCUUAAUGAAUUAUAUAUUUCACUUUGAAAAUUGUAAAAUAUAAAAAAAAAAAUUGUAUUGCAUGAGUAUAAAUUUAUAGCGUCUCUGACUUAUUCCCAAAAUUAAAAGGAUUGCCUUUUUUCAAACAUAAUUCUUCCACUCAAAGUUUAAGAAUUUAAUAUAGAAUCAAAUGUAAAUCAGGAUUUAUUGUUGACAUCAGAUAUUUUCUAAGAAGUGGGGAUGUUUUUAACAGUUUUAGAUUUGUUUUUAUGAGCAUUUAACACUUUGGUAACAGCAAGUAACAUAGUUGGGUUUGUUUAUAACACGUACAAUCAAAGCUGAAAAAAUUAGAAUUCUUAUAAAUUCUGUAUAAAUGUUUUACGCACUAUUUCAUGACGAUAUGAAUUUAUUUUUGAGACGGGAUGAUAUUACAAUCAAACAGCACUUGAAUUCAAUUUCAAAUAAUAUUCAAACUUUUUCAAAAUUCCCAUUGUUAUUUUCAAAAUAGGCAAUGACUGUCCUUCAUAAUUACAACAAAAUAUUACGAAACCCAAUAUAAUUACAUUUUCAAGUGUAUAUCUUUAUUACGUUACAGUUAAUAUCCAAGAAUUUAGGUUUUUAACUAUUACGACUUUGUUUUACACAGUCUUUAUAUUUAUGAAUAUCUGCAUAAUGUAUUCGUUGUCAGCAAAAUUGUACAUAGCUAUUCCAUCGCAUGCUUUACUGCUUUAACUCCACCCCUGGUGUAUGUAGUUGCCUGGGUUUAACGAAGGUCUGUCAAACUCAUACAGGUGAAGACUUCAGAACAAAAUAGUAGGGACCUUUGUCCUCACGGGUAGGUAUAUGGAAUUUUUGAAAGGGAGAGAUUGAGAGAUAAUCUUUGCUGGGGAGCUUUUGUUCUCACUGGUAGAGAAAUUGAAUUUUUGCAAGAGACAGAGAGAGAGAAAGAGAGAUCAUUUUUGCUGGAGAGAUUUUGUUCUCACUGGUAGAGAUAUUGAAUUUUUUCAAGGUAGAGUGAGAAAGAAUGAAAGAUAAUCUUGGCUGGGGAGAUUUUGUUCCCACUGGUAGCAGGGAUAUCCACCUCUUGUUUGCUGCAGGAAUUUGAACUUGCCUGGGUAUACUAUCUAAGUGUUUCCCUCUUAUAGGUCAAUUAAGACAAAAUGUCAAUGUUAAUUAUCUUGGUCAGGAAUUAGUGAUUUGCUAAAUCCAGUAUUGCCUUCCUUUGUGGGCAUUAUAUGGUCUCAUUGUUUCCUUGAAUGAAUGCAGUAGAAUAUGUCAGGAAUGAUCCAAUAUACAUCUAUACAUCCCGACAACAGUUCCAGUUUCACACUGAGAAUGGCCGUAUGUUUACAAAUUUAAACAGAAGAAAGAAUAGGUGUAUAGUCCGUCAUCUUGAUGACAGUUCUCAGAAGUUUCAUUUUGAGAAUGAACGGGAGAGCUGGUGUAUUAGUCAGCCAUCUUGACGACAGUGCUAGUUUAAUUCAGAGAAUGUUCGUUCAGUCCUUUGUAUGACGAGACUGAUGAGAGAGCAGGGUGUAUUAGUCAGUCAUUUUGACAAAAAACAGUAAUUACUUUUAAGUUACACUUACAUACAUUUUGUAUGUGAAUAUUUUAAUCUAUAUAUAUUCCUUUGCACAUACAUAUGUUUUCCCACAAUAUGCUGCCGCCUUUCCUUCGACAGGUGGUUUUGAUCUCAAAUCUGGUUUUCGUAUCUUUGAUUUUAAGGUCUGAUCUCUAAUUAAGGUCCUCAAGAUUACUAUGGAAUUUUAAACUUCAUCUCCUCAAACCUUAUUCUUAACAAUGUAUAUGUCACAUGAUGAAGGUAUACAAUGAAUGUCCUCCCUGUAAACAUUUUGCUCAUAACUGUCCUCAUAAUAAUUUUGUAUAUUUUUGGUGCCAAAACCUUUCCACUGAAACUUUCAGACCUUUCUGUGAAAAUGGGAGUUAUGCCCCUUUGUAUCUCUCCAUGUUAAAAAUAGGAGUUAUGCCCCUUUGUAUCUCAUCAUGUGUUUUGUAGUCAACCAGGUAUAAGUCUCAAUAUUUAAUAAAAUUUUGAAUAUUUCCUACAGUAUCUAUUCUAUGUCUCAAACACUGUUUUAUAGAAGUCAAAACAAACUUUUUAAUAACUUACUAAUUUUCAAAUAUUUUUUGCAUAAUCAUAUGAGCUGUCCAACAGCUCUUUCUUAUAUAUAUACCAAGCACAAUUGGCGAUGAUUCCUCAAGAUUUCCCUACUUUUGUUUUAGAUAUAAUAGUGUAUAAGCUGUCAAUGUCAUUGUUGUUUAUGGGGAUUGUACUAUGUUCUGACGUUGGGAUGAGGGAUUUUUUUUUGUUGGAUGUUUGGGAUUUCUUUGUUGGUUUUUAAUUCAGCAUUAUUUGCUGCAUGGCAUUAGCCAUAUUAUAGCACUCACAUUCAGAUAUUAUAGACCAAAAAAAAUUGAUGGAAUUAUAUUUAAUAUUCUCUGGUAAUAUCUAGUCACAAAAAUAUGUUACAGAAUUAUACAGCAUCACUGUCAUGUCUGAAGCAUUAUUUUUUUAUAUUGAACAGAUAUGCACAAAUAUCACUACUGAAUUAUUUUAUUGUUUGUAUACAAAUUAUUGAAGUACACUUAUUAAAUCAUAUAAGCACAUUUACAAACUUCUGUAUGAAUAUGAUAGUUAUGUAAGAUAUUAUUUUUCUGUGCAAUGGAAAAGUUUGGAGUUGAAUCUGAGAGUUAAUUAACUUAAAGUGUGUAGUGGUUAAUUGGCUCACCAUGUCCGCAUGGUGGUUAAUUAGUUCAUCUGGUUUCGCAUAGUGGUUAAUUAGUUCAUCUGGUCCCGAGGGGCCAAAUAUGAGAAAUAUAGCAAAUCCUUUCAAAUCUUCAGUAGAAAUUUAUUGUUUCCCAAUAUACGCUGCAGUGUCCAGGCCAGCGAUACAGGCCCUCUGGGCCUCUUGUUGAUAAUAGUGAUUUAUGAUGUAUUGGUUUUGGAGGUAUAAUUGUAACAUGUAUUAAUAUCCAAAUUUAUAUUAAGAUAUUUAAAAAUAUUUAUUCAGGAAAUACUUUCUCUGAAAGUACACAUUUUAUCAUGGUACAGUUUAAGAUGAGAUGUCGAUAUAUAAUUUGUUGGUAUAUAAUGUAACGACAGAGGCUUGACAUGUCCCGGUGAUCCAGAAUGAAAGUGUAAACGUGUGGGUCAGACCCCAAGAUCACCUAAAAUUUCUGUGCAAUUAAAAGUUGGAGCUGAAUCUGAGAGUAAUUAACUCAUUGAAAAUAUGUAGUGGUUUAUUAUUAGCGUACCUGGUUCGAAGGGGCCCUUAUAUGGGAAAUAAAGCAAAUUCUUUCAGUUCUUCAGUAGAAAUUUAGAUUGUAGAAUGUAGUGAACUCCAGGGUUUGUCCUUCAGAUCACUUAUAAUUCAAGUAUCAGUGAUGUGGGAAUCAGAUUCAUGGGGUUAUAUAUUUUAUCCUGGGUUAUAGGAAUGUGUCAGGCCCCUGUGGGUAUAACAGACCAUUGACACAAUUGAUUUACAGCCAGUAAAAACACUUUAAAAUAGCAAUAUACUCAGCCUCCAAAGGGGGGCAACUCAUAUUGAUAAACAGGAGAGGAGAGAAAACUGAUAAGAAUAGGUCAGAGGCCUGAUGUACCGCAUAAUAGUCUCAUUGGUUUUUAUUUUUGACCAAAAAACAUAGAGUUAGUACAAAGCUCUUAAGUGCUGUAUUUAUCGGGGAAUACACUUUUCCUGUUAAAAAACACCAACCAUGUCUUAGCCUAUGUUGUAAAGAAAUUAUCAAAACAAAAGCUAUAUUAUUGUGCUGGCCACGCCUUAAACCAUCUGCAGCUGUAGGACGGGGUUCAUGUAUUGGCCCUUUGAGCUUAUUACAGGAUAAAUACCAUAUUGGUUUUAAAAAUUAUUUUAUUUAUGAAUGAACAGUGCAUACUAUACAAAAUAUAACAGAUUUUGCAACAAUCGACCAACAAUGAAAAAAUUGCUGUAUAAUACAAACAGGUUAAGUAGCGUAAAUGAUUAUAUAAAUUCAACUAAUAUAGCUAAUUAAAGAAACAAGGACAACAAUUGGAAAUAAAAGAUAAUAGGCUUUUGACAUGGUAUUGUUUUUUAGAUAAUAGGAUUUAGAUAUGGUGUUGUUUUUUAAUUGCCAUCAUUAUGCUAUGAUUGAUAACAUGUUGACAUGGUAUCAAAUUGUUUUUAAUAAAAAAUCAUCACAAUGUUAUAUCAGUAUCUAUUGUUAUAAAUAUAGUACAAUAGAUGAUUAAAAAAUAAUACAACAUGUCCAGUUUAUAAUAUGACAGGCAUUCAACCUUUUUAUUUUUUUUCUUGUGAUUUCUAUAUUCUUAGAGGUCGAGACCUAGUCUUGGUUAUUUUGUGCAAUAUAUAGCAAGUGUUAUGAAAGUAUUACCCACAUUUUUGGUGGGGUGAGUUAUUUCCCUUUAAUUAUAACUGAUUUCAUUUUAGGUCUAAACAACUCUUUUCUUGAAUGUCUCCACAUAUUCUACUCGUAUGGAGAGAGUUUCCAUACAUUGUAGAAUAGAAUCAAUGGAAAAAUAACUUGUAAUAAGACAAUAGAAAAUUUCUUUUUAAAAAUGUUCUCAAGAUCUAUGAAUAUCGAAGGACUCUUUUCUCAAACUGAGUUCGUGGAAAUGUACUUUUCUAUCUGGUUUUGUGCAAUACAAUGUAUUACUGAAUUUUUUGUAGUUAAUAAAAAAAUUGAUAUUUUAAAAUAUUUGUAUAUUGGAGCCUUAAAUUGCCAUUCGAAUUUAGAUGAACUUAGUUACUUGGCUGGCUUUUGUUAUAAAAAAAGUCACCUAAAACACAGCUGAGUAUUGUUGGAGUGAUAUUUUUUAUGCGGUUCCAAGUGGCGAAACUUUACAAUUUAUUCAUAUUUACUGUUUAUGUCUGAUAUAAUUGACAAGGGAAGAUAACUUGGAUCGUAAUUUGUGUGACUUUAUUGAUGAUGAUUCAUGACUAAUAUUGUAAAUAUUUUGAAGACCUUUCCUGUUUGAGAUUUAAUCUAAUGCAAUUUUAUAUUGUGCAGUGCUUUUUGUUUUUUUUGCAAUAGAAUGAUAGAAAUUUGGCCAUGCUAGCAUUAUUGUCUUGCAUGGAACUUUGCUUAAAUAAUUCUUUUGUCUUCUAUUAUAUCUCUUGUACAGGUUUCCGUAAGUUUUUUUCGAAAAUGUUUUCUUGAUAUAUGCUGUUGAUUUCUGAGGAAGUGUUUAUUUAUGUCACCGUACGACUUAGUCUGGGCAUACUGUUUCACCCCGAUUCUGUCCGUCCAACCCCGCGCCGCAAUAUAGGUUAAAGUUUUUAAGACAUUUUUUAGGUCAACUAUUUAAAGCAAAACAGUUCUACAAUGCUAAUUUCUAAGAUUUAUAUCAAUUUUAGGUCUCAGAUGUGUUAAAGUAUUGAUAAUGUGAUAUUUAAUUACAACAUUUUGAAUAUGUGAUAUAUAGGUUUAAAAAUUUUUAGCAAGCUUUUUUGAACAAGCCAGAGGUAAACUGGCCUGGGGUGCGAGGGCGUUCACGAUGUGGCUCAAACAUAUUUCUAAUUUUGUAUUUUUUCUUAUCUUGAUAUUACAAUAACACUAUUUCCAGAAGAAAACAAUCUAAUUACUUUAAAAUUGUUUUUACCUUCAAGAAAAAAAAACCAAAAGAAAACAAAUCAAGUAUUACACAGAACCUCUUGUUAUUUACUCUUAUUUAUAAAUUAAUACAGUUUUGACAAUGAUUGUUGGGAGUGCUGAACUUCUUUGGUUUCAAAUUAUUGAAAUACAUGUUCAAAAUAUCAUUCACAAGAUUGAACUAUGAUUAUUGUAAGCUAUGGACUUUAAAAAAAAUCAAUGAACACAGGAAAGAAAUAACAAUUCAAAUUUCUUUAACACAACAAAUUUUAAUUUUGCAUGAUAUUUAAGUUCUCCUGGAGAAUAGAAAUUUUCAACAGCAGGCAUGACCAAACAGUCAUAGAUCAUUGCAUAUCCCACGAAAACAAAAACAAGCAAAAAAAAACCAAAAGACGCAUGACCUCACCAUAUAUUUAUAUCAUUUGCAUUUAAAGUUACAUUUUGAUAUCACUUUAAGUAAACAAUCCUUGAAUUUGUAUUCCUACAAAAUCUAAUAAAGAUAUUUCCUGGUCACCUCUGUGAAGCCCCAUAAUGUAUCUUAUUGUGAUGUAUGAUACUAUAUUUGAGUUGUUAAUGUAUUGAAAUAUUUCCUGUGGAACCUCCAGGACCUCAAUGUGGGCUGGCCCACAUUUUUAUAUACAUGUACUUAACUUAUGUAUAUUUCAUGUCGUUUUUUGCUUGAUUGAUGUGCUGGUAAUAUAUUGAUUCGCUUCCCAAUAUUUGCUUUCACAGUGCUUCUUCAAUUCUUCAAUAUGUCUCCUCAGAAAAUAGAUGAUAAUCAUGUUUUCUCUUACAAAAUGGACUUUCCUUACUAAGGGAGCCUAUUUUAUCCUAAUAAAUAGACCUUUCUUGAGAAGGAAUGGAUUGUUAAUGUAUUUCUUGCGCUAGUCAGGUCUUCCCAGAUAUUGAAUUUUUUUAUGAGGGUUUUUCUCAGAAAAACAAAAACAACGUAGAAAGCCGAAAUAUUUGUUUUCUUCGGGUUUCGUUAAAAGAAAAAUUAGCUAUAAAGAGAUACACAUAUUUAUGGUCUGAACAUACCAUCGACAUGUUUUUCGGUGCCUGUUUUUCCAGUAAUUUUAUGGGAGUCGGCAAAAGCCUUUUGUUUGAUUGUAUUCUGUCAGUAUGGUGUAAAAAGUGUUUUCAUUGUCACGGUGAACAAAGAAUAGUCUAUCCAGAAUGUAAACAAUGGUUUUACCAAAAACUUCAGAUGCUCUUCAACAGAAAGGGCAACUGUAGUGGUUUGGAAGAAAUGUUUUCCGACAAAGACAUAUGUAAUUUCUAACUUCUGCUGAACACAUAUAAUUGGUCUUAUAUGAACCAUUCACUAUUUAAAAUAUUUUGUUAUUUAAAUGAGCAAGACUUAGCAAUAAAUUUAUGCCACUCAUUUUCUGACAUUUAGCUUUGCUGAAAUUAUUGAUCUUAUAAUGCAAGUUAGGCAUAAUAUCUUAAAAUAUUCAUGUUGUGUAAAUAUAGUCAGCAAGUUUUUUACAGUCAAAAAACGUCCCUGUAGGAUUAGAAUUUGUCUGGGAGGGAGUAUUUGGUAAGAUGUCUUUAAAAUGUUUGUAGGUUCACUAUUAUGGAUUUUUUUUUUUUUUUUUUUUUCUUAUUUUUUUUUAUGAUGUUCUGAGAUUUAAGUCUUUGAAGAGCACUUUCUGAAUGACAACAGUAAUUUAUUACUGUUUAAAGAGAUCACCCUUAUAUAAUGAUAUUCAAUUUAAAGUGUUUUUCCUGUGAGAUUUACUCUCCUACAAAGUGUGCAUUAGUAAAGUCUGCAUUGGUCCACUGUCCAAUGCUGGGUCCCAGUUUCAUCAACAUUCAGUAACUUAAGAAAUUUCCUUAUCUUAAAUUUUUCCUUAGGAAAACAUUAUUAUAUUUAAGGGGGAAAAUAUUAUGGAACUUUACUUAAAAUUUCUAUGCUUUCCCCCUUAAAUCUAAUAAUGCUUUCCUGUGGAAAAAAUUAUUAAGUCAACAGAUUUUCUUAAGUUAAGCAAUAUUGAUGAAGCUGGGUCCUGUUAAUGUUUGUAUGUUAUUGUUUAUUACUAUUGUUUCAUUCAUUUUAUUUUGUAACAAUUUGUCGUGUUUAUGUCAGUAUUCCAGAUGUUUUUUUUGUUUUGUUACCUGUUUCAGGAUUCUGCAUUGAUAUUGUAUAGAUCGUUUUAGAUGUAUUACCGUAAAAUAAAUCAAAAUGCUCCUAUUAUUUGGAA